AUGUGUCUGGAAGUUAGAAGAGCUAUUUUUGUGUUUUGGAUUUUUCUACAUGUUCAAGGAACCAAAGAUAUCUCCACUAAAAUACACCAUUCUGAAACUAAAGACAUAGACAAUGUCCCAAGAAUCGAAACAACUGAAAGUGCUGCAGACAUGCAUAAAAUGUCCACCAUGAGACGAAUAUUCGAUUUGGCAAAACUUCGAACAAAAAGAUCAGCACUUUUCCCAACUGGGGUUAAUGUCUGUCCAGAGGAGUCCAUGAAACAGAUUUUAGACAGUCUUCAGGCUUACUAUAGAUUGAGAGUGUGCCAGGAAGCAGUGUGGGAAGCAUACCGGGUCUUUCUGGAUCGCAUCCCUGACACAGGGGAAUACCAGGACUGGGUCAGUACCUGCCAGCAGGAGACCUUCUGCCUCUUUGACAUUGGGAGAAACUUCAGCAGCUCCCAAGAGCACCUGGACCUGGUUCAGCAGAAAAUAAAACAAAGAAGAUUCCCUGAGAAUUUCAACUCCUCUCGUCUUAUCUCUGUGUCUGUGACUGUCUUAAUUCCCACAGCUGUCACCGGCACCUCACUGGGGCUCCUCCCUCUCUCUCCUGACGACACACACAUCCGUGAAACCCUCAGCGACCCCGUGAAGGGCACCAAGAAGCCCACAACGGGUACAGAAAUGGACUUCACUAAUGUUUCCAAGAGCCCACUGGAGCAGAAGUUGGAGCUUAUCAUCUCUCUGCCAAACCAGAAGUUCAAGGCAGAGCUUGCUGACCCCAGGUCUGCCUACUACCAGGAGCUGGCAGCAAAGUCACAGCUGCAGAUACAAAAGUUAUUUAAGAAACUUCCAGGAUUCAAAGAACUCCAUGUGUUAGGAUUUAGACCAAAGAAAGAAAAAGAUGGGUCCAGCUCCAUAGAGAUGAGACUCGUGGCCAUCUUUACGAGAGAUGAUGCAGAAGCAAGAAGCCCUGCAGGUGACCUCUUGUCUUUUGAUUCCAACAAAAUUGAAAGUGAAGUUGUCCACCAAGGAACAAUGGAAGAGGACAAGCAAGCAGAAGUUGAUCUCACAGCUAUAGACUUCAAAAAACUGAUCAGAAGAGUUCUGGAGGAAGAACAGUCUUUGGAUGUGGGGACAGUUUGGUUCACUGACGUGCUUAGGCUUAUUGGACUGGAUGGUGCUGGUUACAGCCCAGCUUUGAGUGGUCAUUCUCUCCAGGUGUCCACUUUUAGUCCAGCACCUGCUCUUAGUGAACCCACGUUUGGGGCCGUGGGCAGCGAAGGUCCUGGUCUACUGGUUCUACAAGUUUGCUUUGUGUCAUUCACAAACGUGGCUCUGAGCUUCCGAGCCGGCUGUGCAGGAAGGGAAACCCAGUCACAAAAGCUCGGUCUGCAGGCUCCGGGCCUGGAAAGCGCUCCGAGAAGGGACUCUGUGGGCCAUUCCCAUCGGGAGCGCGGGCUGGCGCCCGAGGAGCUGCUUCCGGCAUUGGUUCUCCUCAGGAAGCAGUGUUUAAACUGCAGUCUGGACGACAGGAAGGCAGAAGUAGAAGCUGUGCGGAACGGUGCUUUGGGCAGGAGGGCAGCAGGGCUGGCGGCACUGCAGCGUGCUGAGGGAGGUGAAGGAAGCAGAGUGGUGCUCAAUGUCUCCAUGGCUUCCCAUGGAAAAAAGAAUGAGAACAUUCAAGUCAAAAGACCGCAGUGUUGGACUGAAGUCCAAAGACCCUCGCCGGUCUUCCCGGGCCUGGCAGAGGAAGAAUGGUGGGCCCUUGCUGAGGGCUUGGCUAGUUCCAUGCUGGGAGCCCCCACGUCGGUGGAGAUGAAGGUGUUGGGGGCAGGACACCGGCCUGGGUGUGGAGGUCGAGUGGCAGCCAGAAUCUCAGUGGUUAAGAUAAUGCUAAACUGCAAUAUUUCAAAUAAUGGAAAUCAUCCUUGGUCUCCACCAGCAGGGGCUUCUGCCUCCCUGUCAGAAACUCCACCACUCCCUACAUCAAGCAUCUUCUCUCUGACUGAUCAGAGCGCCAUGGACGUGAUGUCCAUUGACCAAGUAGUACUAGCCCCAGAGGUCACUGUGCCCACUAGUGACCAUUCUGCUGCCGAUGAGCUGUCCCUGGAAAUUUCACAUUCACUUGUGUCUUCAGAUGACGGCAGGUUGAGUACAGAUGACCAAGAUGUGACCGGUGAUGCGUCUAGCACCCCUGCCUUGUUGGAAGAACUGCGGCUGAGUGGAUAUGUUUCUGCCCCAGAUGGUUUCUUGGAGAGAACCACUCCCGUCCCAGCUUUGCACUACAUCACCACCAGCUCUAUGACCACUGCCACCAAGGGCCAAGAGCUGGUUGUGUUCUUCAGUGUGCGUGUUGCUAACAUGCCCUUCUCCGACGACCUGUUCAACAAGAGCUCUCUGGAGUACCAAGCUCUGGAGAGGCGAUUCACACAGCUGCUGGUUCCAUAUCUACAAUCCAAUCUCACAGGGUUUAAGCAACUUGAAAUACUUAACUUCAGAAAUGGGAGUGUGAUCGUGAACAGCAAAAUGAGGUUUGCCAGGUCCGUGCCGUACAACCUCACCGAGGCCGUGCAUGGCGUCCUGGAGGACCUCCGCUCCGCGGCAGCCCAACAACUGGAUCUGGACAUAGACAGCUUCUCGCUUGACAUCGAACCAGACGACCCAGCGGGUCCCUGCAAAUCCUUGGCUUGCGGCGAAUUUGCUCAGUGCGUGAAGAAUGAGCAGACUAAGGAUGCCGAGUGUCGCUGUAGACCCGGGCUCCAGCACCCAGGCGGUGUGCAGGACCUGGAUCCCGGCCUCUGUGCCCCUGGAGAGCGGUGCAGGGCUGUCCAGGGAGGAGCUCCAUGCAGGUCACCAGAUCACUCUAAAAAUCAAGUACAUGAAACAAAUGAUAAAAGAUUCCAACACCUGCAAAAUAAGAUAACCAAGAAAAGAAAUUCUCAAUUACUAGACGCAGGAUUUGAAGAGUUUAACCAAGAUGACUGGGAAGGAAAUUAACCACCGAAAAGAUGCAAAUUAUCACUUAAGCUACUCAAGACAGAUGACUGCUUUCCCAGGAAAACCAUAUCCCUUCUGUCAACAUCGUAAACACAGGCAGGCACGGUCGCCCUCCCCGGAACCCGGUCAGAGAGUCAACACAGAACCAGCGCACACCAGUUUUCGAGUAUGCAAGUCAUGUACUUGACAGCUAGUAAAUCCUGAAGAAGAAGGCACUUCUGAAAUAUCAAAACCCAGAAUACAAUCAGUAAAUCACAUUUCGGUUAUUUCUUGGUGAUAAUUAAGGCGAUGGUAAACCAUGUUUUCCUCUAGACAUCCUUAAAGUAUUACGCAGAGAUCACGUGCAACAAGUGCAACUCCCUGCUCUGGGAUCUGAACGGUGUACCAGGAAGAAGCGCGUAACAGAGUAUUUUAAUACUGUCAGAGCACAGACCCAAACGGUGUACACGGAGAGCAACAUUUAAUAGCAGCCACCAAAGUAAAAAUAAAAUGUUUUCUAACGGUGGAAACACUCUCUUGGAAGGGACAUGCCUCCAUGGAGAAGGGAUACGUGCACUGAAAGGACACCCUUGUAGGUCUCACACAUCACAGCUUCCACCCUUGCCAGCCCAGUCCUCUCCCAAAGUGAAGAUCUGUACCAUGGCAUUUCAAGCGGGACUACAGUGACAAGGCAUCACAACAGAAAAUAGUGGCGGGGGCUGUCUCUGCCCACCCCCACAUCCGGGAAACUUCCCAGCAGCACUUGCUAGGUGCGCCACAGGCUAGGAAACGCAGAGGAAAACACUGCACCAGGGAAGAGGUGUCUAUCAGUCCCCACAACCGGCCCCACACCCUCCACUUAGUGUUGGUCUAACAAGUACAGGGCACAUGCAUUUGAUGGAAAAAGCAAAGCGGGGAAACGUGAUAUUCUCUGUGGAGGGACCCCUGGUGGAGUGCCUCUUCCUCGCUGGACCAAUCCCAGAAGCCCAAUAGCCGAGCAGGCUGGAGAGACAAAUUCUAUUCAAAGCUGUCCACAGGUCUCUUUUGGAGACCCCAGUUGCGUCCUGAUUGCCAACAAGUGCAACAUUCACAACUCUGCGAAAUGGUGGAAGUGAUCAGGGGCAGUCAGAAAGGCUGGGGAGAAAGAGACCAAAAUGAUCAGAAUAAUAUGUAUUAUAUAUACACCCCCAAAUGGAUGUAAUUAUUACCAUAAAUGUAUACCAAUGCAAAAUUUUAAAUACAAAAAUAAUA